AAAUUUGCGUUUAAUUAAUUAGAAAACCCAGAUAGAAUCGCAUAUUUGUGGAUAAUCUCUCUGCCUCCCUCAUUUUCUCCCGUGUCUCUGCUGCUGCAAACUGCAAAUGUCAACUUCUCUGCUCCGUUCAACUCCUUCGCAACUCACCAACUCCGGCAGGAUGAAUCUUAUAAGUUCAAAUACCCAUUUAGGCAUAUUGUCCGUCUCCUUUUAUCACCGUCCCUCUCAAAGUUGCAAUAUCAAGCUUUGUUUUUCCACCAGUGGGUUGUGUUCACGUCUUGGCACGAGGUGCUGUGUUGUCUCGGCUACCUCAUCCAAGUUGCACGAAAACAAAGGAAUUGAUUCAAGUAUUGAUUCUCAAAGCAGGUAUACAGAUUUAAAGGACGACAUGGCUAGCAGCCUCAGUAUUCUUGAGGAGCAGCUGAGGGACUUAUUUAAUGAAGUCCAUGCCAUGAUAAGAAUAGGGAAGGAAAAUGAGGCCAGAGAUCUGCUUCUAGCAAAUUUUGAAGCUGUCAAAGAACAGAUUGAUGCAGGCCUCAAGGGUAUAGAAGAAGCAGCUAUUCUUGAUGUAACAGCCUUGGGGUACAUGGCCCUUGGAGACAUAAGGACUGUCAAACCCCUGUUGGAUGUGUUGAGCGAGGUUGUUGAUGACUUGAAAGAUGAGGAGCCUCUUCUGGACUCGAUACUCACUCAUAUGGGUAAUAUGUAUGAAAAGUUGGAAAAUUUUGAGAUGUCCAUUUGUGUGUAUGAAAGAGCUGUCAAAGUUGUUGAGAGACUAUAUGGAAAUACCAGUUCUUUUGUCGUCACUCCAUUGUUAGGGAUGGCAAAAGUUUUGGGUUCUACUGGAAAGACCAAAAAAGCAAUAGAAACAUAUCAACGCGUAGUGAAAAUUCUUGAAUCUAGCAGGGGUGAAGAAAGUGAGGAACUGGUAGUGCCUUUAUUUGGCAUGGGCAAUCUUCUUCUGAAGGAAAGGAGAGUGACUGAUGCAGAAAAUGCUUUUAACAGAAUUUUGACCACGUACAUGAAGUUAUAUGGAGAAAAUGAUGGCAGAGUUGGACUGUCCAUGAGUUAUCUUGCACGUGUGAAAUGUGCAAAAGGAGAUGUGAAUGAAGCCAUUGAUCUGUAUAAAGAGGCUCUUUGCAGGCUGAAGGUUUCUGAUUAUAUAGCCAUAGAUGAUCACAUAAUGGAGAAGAUGAGGGUAGACUUGGCUGAAUUACUUCAUGCAGUUGGAAGAGGUGAAGAAGGCCGUAUGCUACUGGAGGAGUGCUUGUUGAUAACUGAGAAGUUCAGGGGUGAAGGGCAUCCCAGUUCAGUCUCUCAUCUUGUGAAUCUAGCCACUUCUUAUUCACAGUCCAAACUUUUUGCAGAAGCUGAGCGCUUGCUAAGGAUGAGUUUGCAGAUUAUGUAUCAGAAUGUUUCACCUGAUGAUCAAUCCAUUACUUUCCCAAUGCUACAUCUUGCAGUUACUCUCUACAAUCUAAACCGUAAUGAGGAGGCCGAAAAACACGCAUUAGAGGUUCUGCGAAUCCGGGAGAGGGCAUUUGGAGAAGAUUCUCUACCAGUUGGGGAGGCUCUUGACUGUUUGGUCUCCAUUCAGACCCAGCUGGGGAAGGAUGAUGGUGAAUUGCUGGAGUUGCUCAAGAGAGUACUGAAAAUUCAAGAGAAAGCUUUCGGUACUGACAGUGAGGAAGUCAUGGAAACACUUAAAAAAGUUGUAUAUUACUUGGAGAAGAUGGGGAGGAAACAUGAGGGACUCCCUCUGGAAAGAAGAUUAUCAAAGCUCCGAACGAAAUUUAAGCAAAUGGUUCAAUAUUAAAGAUCCUACAAGGCCGCAUGUUUGACAUGUAAUUAUUUUCAUGCUAUUAACAGUUCAGAUCAUUGUGGUUGCAAGAUAAAAAUGUCCUUCUACAGGGAGUUCGCAUGCCACAAAAGGAAAAGAGACACUGGACUAUAGCACAAGACCGGGUUUCUUCCUGCCAUGGUGGACAAGGAAGACAGCCAAAACUAACAAAUUUUCAGGCAUAUGAAAGAAAUUCUUUUUAGCUAUAUCUAUCCAAGAGUGUAGUGAUAUUUCAGAGAACAUUCAGAACCAGAUAUGAAAAGCUUAGGGGACAGUUACCGUCAAAUGAAUACUACCAAAGGUGUGGAAUUGCAUUGGACAUGUCGAACCAAAUGGGACGGUGUCCACAUUCCAACUACUAUCUGAUUGACUACAAUGUACAAUGUAGUUGAACACUGGAAAGUGAUAGCAAGCCUGAUCAUCUUUUGGCAAUGAAAAAUGUCACUGGUGAUUCCUUUCGACUCUCUUUACAUGAGAUAGUGACAUUGAUGUACUUAGUUGAAAUAACAUCGGUCGUGUAUACAGAAUGUUCAGAGUACAGCUGCAAGUCUGCAAGGUAACUUGUCAAUCUGAAGGUUGAAGAAGCACAUGCUCUUUUGGACUUGGAGUAGAAACUCAGAUGGUGCUCUGUAGAAAGCCUGCAACAUAACUGGCUAAUCUGAAGGUUGACGACGCAUAUGCUCUUUCUUGUCAAUGUGAAUGUUGUAAGAAUAGAAAGAAGACAUCAUUGAACCUACAUUUACUGAUGAUUUCUAAAGGUAAAUACGUACAUUUUGCAGUACCCAAUGUCCAGAUUCUUGAAGUUCAUUGUAAUUGAGCUAUUCUUAUUUUGGAACUGAAUUAUCAAGUUAAAUUGAUUGUAACAGAAAUAUAGUGAAUCAUAUUCUUUUAAAAAAGACAUUUUGUUGAUUUUAUCAUUA